GUAAGAGACCCGGCCAGAGCGCAUGGGAGGCGGUGUGUGAGACGGGCAUCAGCGGCCACUCGACCCGGCAGGAAGUCCGAUCGCGGCCGGUGCAUUCCAGCAGGGUGUCAGCCCGCCUGCGGCGGUCCCCCGGUGCGUGCGAGAGUGUAUCCCCCCGGGUUGGGGUGCAGCAUGCCCGCAGCGGGGCCCCCGCUCCAGCCCCAGCCCACAUCAUGAGGAGCGCAGCGCUGCUGCUGGCUGUGCAAUGGCUGUGGAGCGCGGCGCUGGCGGCGACGAGCCAGGACUCGGAGUCGGUCCCAUCGGCGGAGACGGAGGCAGAGAUCGAGGUGGUUCAGUAUCGGCACGGUCAGGACGGCGUGGUGGCGAGCAACAGCACCCUCCGCCUCCAGGGACAUUUCGCCGGAGCCGGCAUGAGAGAGGCGGCCGAGGGCAAGCUGCUGCAGUUUCAUCCUCUGUGGCUGUGUAACACCAGUGAAGAUGAACAACAAGACUAUGGCUUUGUCAGUAUGAUCAAACUGGAGAGACCUGAUCGAGACCCACAUCCUUGUCUCUCGCUCUUCAACAAGGCCAAAUUUGCUAUUAAGAGAGGUGCCACCGCAGUGAUCUUCGAUGUAACUGAUGAUGCAAGGGCUGUGGCUCAGCUAAAACAGAAUCCAGAAGAACUGUUGUCUCGUCCUGUUAUCCUGAUCCAAGGCCUGGAUGCUGCCCAGCUGAUGAAUGUCAUCAACACCAAUGGUGAAGCAGUGGUCAGGAUUCAUGUUAAGAAUGUUGAGGGUCGGCCAGCCUACGACGUGGGAAUCUUAAUGACCCUGAUUGUUGCUUUCUCAGUUGUUGUCAUGAUCCUGGCAGUGAGAAUCAAGUGCAAGCAGAACCAAACGCGGAAUUCCUUGCAGCAGCAGACGAUCAACGCAAUCAGCCGGCUGGCCACGCGCCGUUAUCGAUCGCGGUGCCGCCCUCUGGGUCACGAGCGUCAGAGCAGCCAGGACUCCCAGGCCAGCAGCAUGUCCGAGCCCGUGUGCGCCAUAUGUCUGGAGGAGUUUGCCGAUGGGCAGGAUCUACGGAUCAUAUCAUGUUUCCAUGAAUUUCACAAGGAAUGUGUGGAUCCUUGGCUGCUUCAACAUCGCACCUGCCCCCUCUGCAUGUACAACAUCAUUGAAGGAAGUUCAACUAUAGCACAGCCAGAGGUUCAUGAGCAAGCUACGCCUGGUGCUCAAGUAAACCAGCGAAUCCACCUGUUCCGACGCUAUCCUGGCCGCGCCCAUCUUCACAGACCAAUCACUGCCAUUCCUUCCAGAGCACCUCAUCUGAACAACCCCAGAACCCCAGGGAUGCAGGCUCCCCCCUCCGGUCAUUACAUUGUUACGCCAGAAGUCUACCCCGUGGGGUUUAACACCAUGAGGUACGUAGCCACCAGGCCACGGCAUCCUCCGGCCCUGCACAGGUGCACCUAUCGUCACGGCGAAGGCCAGGGAGCGUCCUACCGGCACCAGAGACCCUUCGUGGUGCGGAAAGGUCCGCCCUGGCUGGACAGGCCUCACCAUGGACCGUUUCUUCAUAAGCCCUGCAGGCAGCAGCAGCUUCCAAUAUGCAGCGCACCACUGUCCUCUCACAAGUCCAACUGUACCCCUUUACGCUCACAGCUCGCCGGCAGCCAUGACAACCGCAGCCUCUCAGGGGACAGCUUUGGUAUCAACCGGUCCGUGUGCAGCGGAUACCUGGCAGACAGCCCCGGCAGCGACUCCAGCUCGGGUCCUUGCCACUACUCCUCGAGCGACUCCACGCUGGACUGCACAGACGUAAGCAACCGCUGCAUUUAUGGGAGCCAGUCAACUUUCCGCAGCUCACUGAGCAGCGAGUACGAUCCGCUUGUGUACUGUGGGGCAAGUGAAGAGAGCGUAAAGGCUUCAUCCUUUGAGGAGUCAAGGCCCUGGUCGGUGGACUCGGCCAGUGGUCCUCAGGACAACCAGGUACUUAAUCACACCCACUACCACCAUCACCGGCACCAUCACUACAGCAAAUCUCCCCCACGCCAGAAAGAUGAGUAUUGUAGGAGCGCGUCACGGAGCCAGGAAGGUGAGCUGCUGGAGGACUACGUGGGCGACUUCCAGCACUGCCAGCGCCAGGCGGACUUUCCCUGCCAGUCCCAGUGCAGCCCGCACCCUGCCCAGUGCCCCUGCUUGGAGCAGAGUUUGUUGCUUCCCCCAGGACUUUGCCUCCCCGAGCCCUCGCUGCAAAAAGUGGACGCAGAGAGGGACAAGAGCAAAGUGGCGUGCGCCAAACCCGACCCAGUGCCUUCAGAAGCUAAGUCGAACCAGAGCAGCAAGAGGAGGAGGAGGAGGAGGAAAAGCAGCUUCCAGGCGGAGCCUCCUGUAGUUUACUUCCAUCAGGACUGUGAUGCCCUGGAGGACUACAGGGUGCAUGUUCACUAUGGCAACAGUGGGAGCCCGUGCCACCCUCCAAGCAUUCAGACGUCUGUGCCAAUCCCUUUAGUUCUCAACAGUGGAGCCUCUGGUGAGUGGCAUUUCCCAUUCUGUGAGUGCCCGAACCCCCACUGUCAGCAGCCACUGCAUCACGUUCACUCUGAGUCCAUGUUGGCCGGCAAGCCGCACGUCAGCAACGUGGAUCAAGGCCGCCCAUUUCAAGACGGCUGUUGCAAAAGACACUGUGAUACAGAACCAGUUCAAGACAAGUCCUUCUACUGCCAGACAUUCCCCGACAACACAGGUACCAAAUCAAGUGUGGAAGAAAUUUGUGAGGAAGUCGUGUAACUGAUGUGACAAAGAAAGCCACGGCAGGCAGGACCAAGGGGCAGAGGUGACAAGAGCAUGGUACUGGCAAGAUGAAGGGCAGGCAUGGAGAAGCCGCGUAUCUGCAGAUGAGAGUGGAGACGUGCCUGAAGGAUCUGUGUAGCUGGAGAAUGAGGGCUGAGAAAGGCAUGGAGACGCUGAGAAGCUGAGAAUAAGAGUAGGACGGUCAUGGAGAAAAUGGGCUCCAGCUGGACGUGGGUGGGGACAAGUAUGUAGUAGUCCUAUACCAGACAGAUGAGAGGGGGGACAAGUGGAGGACUUGCAGCAGGGGGAGGAAGUGGAAUUGGUGCAGAAGUGUCUUGCCAGCAGAAUGAAGGUGAGGAUGUGUAGAGAUGGUGGGGUGAGUUGAGGGGGCAACACGUGAAGAGACAGUGUGUAUGGAAGGAUGAGUGUAGGGCUUUGCAUGAAGUUGUGUGAUGUGCAGAGAUAAGGGUGAGGACCUUUGAGUGGUAUCAGUUCAGCUGGCGGGAUGAGGGAGGGAAUGCAUCUUCAGAAGCCAUAUAUCUGCCAGUAUAAAGUGGGGACAAGAGUGGAGAUGCCAUGUAGUUGGUGGGUGGAGAUGGGCACAGGCAAGGAGGAGCUGUGUAGCUGUGGGCCUAACACUGAGACUGGCAAGGAUAAGCCACGUCCAUGUCCGUGUGGUACGGGUGCAGGAGUGGAUACGCCAUGUAGCCGAGGGUAUGAUAUGGGAGCAGAUAUGGAGAAGCUAUAGAACUGGGAAUAUGAGGUGAGAACAGCCACAGAUAGGCUGUGUAGCUGGCAGGAAAAGGCAUGAGUGAGAAAAGCCUGUUGAUUGAUGGAUUCAACUGGCAGAAUGAGGGGCAGGUCCAGUGUAGCUGUCUAGCUACAAGGCCAAGACCAAGUAAUUUCAAAAGUUUUAAAAAUUCAAUCCAGGACAUGAAUUUACAGAAGCAUCGCUUCAUGACAUUGGUGCUUGUAAUUUGUCAUUAACCAUCUACUUGAGGAAUACAAGUUUAACUACAGCUGUCGAAGAGCCUUUGUCAAGGGACUCUUCCAGGUAGCCUUUAUUUUCCAAAAUAGUCUAACACCUGGCAGAUUUAUAGCACUUGUGACCAGACCCUGACUGUCAGAUAGAAGCACUUAAAGACAAAUGUAGCCUUGCAGGGCCUUGUAUUUACAAGGACUCCACAGUAUAUUUUGGGUACUUUGUAUUAAAAAAAUCUUUUUAAAAUGUUGUAUUAUAUUUGUAUAGAAAGUCAUUGCAUUAUGAUAUGUUCUUAAUAUAUUUAUUUACUAAUAUAUUUAUCCUCUACCAGGGUGUGUAAUGUAAAGUGCCUUACAAAUGAUCAGUGCUGUCACUAACCUGAUGGUCUGGCCCUAUUCAGAUUAUUCUCCAAUAAAUUAUUUUCA